AGUGCACACAGCCGCUCGCUCUCAUCACAAGACAACACGGCGCUAACGUAGCCGAGAUUAACUUUUGAAGCGAUAUGAGAUUUGAGUUCGAAAGAGUAUCCAGAACAACACUCGGUCGGACAAGCCAAGUCGCUCUCAAAAGCUCAACUACUUUCAUCUUCAAAAGGUCACAAGGAGACGACGUGGCAACCAAAGUGUGGAUCAUUAAUGAUGGAGGACGAAGAGGACGCAGCCAUGCAGUACAUGAUUCAACAAAGUCUUCUGGAAGCUAACAAACACAAGCAAGAAUGCACAAGUCCCACAUCAACACACAACUCAAAGGGUGCAGACAGCAUGUCCAUAUUCACCGCCAUCAGGCAAGGGCGUGAGAAGUUGGUGGAGGAUCUGAGCAUCAACCACAAAGAGGUCUUCCUCCAGACGGACAUCCGAGGAUGGACGCCCCUCCACGAGGCUUCUGUCCAGAGCAACCGAGCCAUCCUGGAGCUCACCUACGCAGCGUCAGGUGACGACACGGCAGAUCAUCAAACAGCGCGUGGCGAGACGCCGCUCUUCCUGGCCGUGGAGCGAGGCCUCGUGGACAACGCCGACUUCCUCCUCGGCCACGGGGCACGGCCUGACACGCAGAACCGAGACCAGGACUCGCCGCUGCUCAUAGCUGUGCGUUCGGGUUGCACUGACCUGGCCCGCCGGCUACUCCAGAGGGGCGCGGCAGUCAACCAGAAGAGCCAACACAACCGGCGGCCCCUCCAUGAGGCCUCGCGGCUGGGUGACGCGGAGAUGGCCAGCCUGCUGCUGGAAGCCGGGGCCACACUGGACGCCCGCAGCCGCUUCGGUCUCACGGCGUUGGCUCUGGCCGCUCAGGCGGGACAUCUGCAGGUGAUGGAACUCCUCCUCAGGAAAGGAGCAGACGUGCUGUCCCAGGCUCAGGACGAGGCGUCGGUGCUGUACGAGGCGUGCGCCGGUGACAACGUGUCGGCCUUGGAGCUUCUGCUGGAAUACGGCGCCGACGCCAACGUGGCCAAGCAGAGCGGCCACCUGCCCAUCCACCGCGCCGCGCACAGGGGCCACCUGCAAGCUCUGAUGCUGCUGAUUCCAGUAAGUUCCAUGGAAGACAUUAACAACAGUGGCAUGAGUCCACUACACUCUGCGGCCGCUGGGGGACACCCGCGCUGCAUCAAGGCCCUGCUGGACAGAGGUUUCGACCCCAACUACAUGUUGCAUCCGUGCGUGCGUCGCGGCUACGACGACGAGAGGAAGUCGGCGCUUUUCUUCGCCGUGUCCAAUAACGACGUCGCGUCAGUACGUCUCCUGCUGGAGGCUGGCGCCGUGACUAAUCAGGACCCCGUCAAGUGUCUGCAGGUGGCUUUGCGUCUUGGCAACUACGAGUUGAUCCAAAUGUUGCUGCGGUACGGCGCCAACGUCAACUUUUACUCCAGAAUCAACACCACGCACUUCCCCUCGGCCUUGCAGUACGCGCUCAACGAUGAGGUGGUUGUGAGGAUGCUGUGUAACUAUGGCUACCACGUGGAGCGUUGCUUCGAGUGUCCCUAUGGCAACGGGUCGCACGUGCCCGAUGACUACGAAGGCUGGACCGACACUGUCAUUAAAGACACUAUGUUCUGCGAGGUGAUCACCUUGUCGUGGUUGAGGCACCUGUCUGGUCACGUGGUCCGGGUUCUGCUAGACUACGUGGAUCACGUCAACAUGUGCAGCAAAUUGAAGGCGGCCGUCAUGGAGCAGCAGCAGUGGGGCGACAUUUGCAGGCUGCAAGGUGAACUACAAAAUAACACACACGUGGAUUUUAACAUCAGAAAACGCUCGCUGCCUGCAGCAUCUUUGCCGCCUGCGCAUCCGCCGCUGCCUGGGCCGGCUGCGUCUGCGCUCGGCCGUCUUCAUGAGCUUCCUGCCUCUGCCCACGUCGCUCAAGAACUACGUCCUGUACCGCGAGUACGACCUGCACGGCCAACUCAACAAGGAACGCACAUCAUCGUGACUCAUCCGUUUCCAUCAUGUCAAUCAUGUGAUCAAGUGAUGAACCCCCCAAAAUAUUGUGUCACAUUUGAGCAUCAUCAGGUCAAAACCCAAAUUUACAACAAAAUACAGCAAACUACACUGCAAAUGAAAAGUUAUCGUGAUACUUAAAAGUAAUGACAAAACGUUUUUCCUUUCAGACCUCUCACAUGAAGCACAAUUCAAAUUCUACCGAAAAAUUCUACCAAAAAAUACCGACAUGACUUUUUACCUUAAGAAAAUACAACAGGAAGCCAAAACCAUCUGGAAAGCUUUAAUCUCACUGUCACUGUUCUACCAAACAGUUUGGGAUUGUGACGGCUGAAAAAAGUAAAUGUAAGUUAUAGUCACGAUAACACGUGUGCGCAUGUGUGUGUGUGUGGAGUGGAGUGGAGGGGAGAGUGGCGAAGGUUCUCGAAUGUCACCUUGUGUGCGUGGGGACCCUUGUUCCUUUCAAAAUGUCCAAAACAUGUAACAUACAAGUGCAUCAAAUGCUGCGGUAAUUGCACACACUGUUUGGCUGGAGUGUCUGACGAGUACUAAUAAAAGAAUACUGCUAAACAGCCCUGAAAUGUCA